AUUAUAAGAAGAAGAAGAGAAAGAAAAAGAAGAUGAUGAGGAUCGGUCUAAUGUUAAGUUACCAUGACGUAAGAUUUAAUAGUUUAUAGUUAAACUGGUUAAGAAAAAAAUAAAAUAAAAUAAAUAAAAAGUCAUAGUGUUGAAGAAGGAGAAGAAGAUAGAAAGAAAGAAAGUAAGCAAGAAAAUAAGCAAGCAAGUAAGAGAAGGAGGUUUUUUUGGUGAUAGAAUGACGACGCUAACGACAGCGUCGGAUCGUCCGGAGGGCUCGUUGGUAGGCGUGACGUCAGUCCUGGACUUAGCCUCAAGUGGUAACAUCAGUUUUGUUAACAAUGAGAACAAGGAGUCCAUAAAGGAGGAUCCUUGGCCAGACUUGUCCUUAACUAUAUUGAAAGGUUGCGUAUUAGGUUGGAUAAUAGUGAUGGCCGUGUUCGGUAAUUUAUUGGUAAUGGUGUCGGUAAUGCGUCAUAGAAAAUUACGUAUUAUAACGAAUUAUUUCGUAGUGUCAUUGGCACUGGCAGAUAUGCUCGUGGCAAUGUUUGCAAUGACAUUUAACGCUAGCGUACAAAUCAAAGGUAAAUGGCUCUUCGGUUAUUUUAUGUGCGACGUAUGGAACUCUUUGGACGUGUAUUUCAGUACGAGUUCGAUUUUACACUUGAUGUGCAUAUCCGUCGAUCGUUAUUACGCGAUAGUUAAGCCACUGAAGUAUCCCAUCAAGAUGACUAAGAGAGUGGUCGCGUGUAUGUUGCUCGCUUGUUGGAUAUCACCGGCUAUCAUUUCAUUCGUACCGAUAUUCAACGAUUGGUAUACAACUGUAGAAGAUAGCGUACAUCGACAGGAUCAUCCGGACGAUUGUGUUUUUCGCGUUAACAAAGGUUACGCAAUUGUAUCCUCGAGUAUUUCUUUUUGGAUACCGUGCACCAUUAUGAUGCUUACUUAUUAUUCUAUAUUCAAAGAGGCAAAUCGUCAAGAAAAACAAAUGCACAGUCGUUUAGGUAACGCAAUGUUAUUAAGCCAUAGGCCAAGUAAAGAUUUGAACAAUCUCAAUGGCGAACUGAAUAGCGCCGGUUCAUCUAAAACAUUAACGCUUAACGAGAUUAGCACGGACCAAUUGCAUACUCCUACAAAAGACAAGAACAUGAUGAAAAUGAAGAGAGAACACAAAGCUGCUAGGACAUUAGGAAUCAUCAUGGGAACGUUUAUACUCUGCUGGUUACCAUUCUUUCUAUGGUACGUCAUAACAGCACUCUGCCGUACGUGUCCCUGUCCGAAUAUCGUCAUAGCAAUCCUCUUUUGGAUAGGAUACGCAAACUCGGCGUUAAAUCCGCUGAUAUACGCGUACUUCAAUCGUGACUUUCGGGAAGCUUUCAAGAACACCCUACAGUGCGCCUUUUGUUCACUCUGCAGGCGGCAGCCUUCCGAUCUCGAAGCGUUAAACUUCCGCCGGCCGUCCCUAAGGUACGAUGAUCGAACGAAGAGCAUAUACACGGAAACUUACAUCAUCAAACACAACGAUCGUCGGAGAUCGAGCGAAUUCGGCAGCAGCCUUUGAGAGACUCUUUAAACUGACCCCUUUUUGACAGGUCAAACGAUAUCUUCUGCUGUGUUCCACGAAGAAAAAGAAAAGAAAACGAACAAAAGAAAGAAAAAACAAAGAAAAAGAAAAUCAUUCAACCGAUUCAUAAAGAAAUACACCCAACUUCGUGAAACGAAACAUUCAAAAUAAACCAAAAUUUAUCGAAAGAAAAACGAGAUAGUGGGAGGGUCGAUGAUUGAAUAAAAAAAAU